AUGAAUGGAAUUCCGAAAAAUUUUAUUAAUGCAGAUCUUCUUAAUACAAUAAUUAAUUCUUCCAUAUUAAAUGUAUUUGGUAAUAUUGGUUCAACACCCAUAGAGUACCAUAUAUUAUACUUAUCGGACCAAACUAACCAUGCAGUUCUUGUCACAAAUUUCAGUAAUUCUUGUCAACUUAGAUUUUGCCUUUCCAUGAUUAACUCUUGGGACAACUAUCCCCUAUUCAGAAUUAACACUUUGAAGGCCGGGUGCACACUCUCAACUGUACUUUCUGAAUUACAAGCUUUUUAA